CGAAAAGAAAUUCAUCCAAUCGGCGUUUUUGAUUCAGAAAAAAAAUCUGGUUUUCCGAAGAAAAGAAAAAGGAAAAUCAAAUUCAGAAUCUGCUGAGAUCUUUAUUUUGUUUUGUUUCUCUCGGAAGAGAAAGAGAGGUUGAAAAAGCUUCAAUAAAUGGCGGUUUUUAGAGUUCAUGAGGUGUAGUGAUUGACGGUUUUGUAUAGCUUUUUUUAUCAAUGGAAAUGCACAGUCGAAGAUCCAACUACUCGCUCCUUAGUCAGCAUCCUGACGACCAGUAUUCCGUGUCCCUGUCAGGUGGUCCGCCGCAGUAUUACGAUUCGGUUUCUAGCGAAGCUAUGACUAAUAGAAUCGGCAGAGUGAAAUCAGAGAGAGGUUUAUUGGAUUGGGGUCAGAAUCAGAGUCAGAACCAAGGCCAGAACAUGCAGCCAGCGAGUCGAAUCGGUGGAGGAGGGAACACUUAUGGGUCAUCAAUCGGACAUCAACGGCACUCGAGCGGGAGUAGCUUUGGUGAGAGCUCGUUAUCUGGAGAUUAUUAUGUGCCUACGCUUUCUACGACGGCGGCGAACGAGAUUGAUUAUUAUGGCUACGAUGGGAGCUUUAGGCAUGGGGAUUUUGGAACGAAAGUUGGGGGUUCGUCGUCGGGGAAAAGCUGGGCACAGCAAACGGAGGAGAGUUAUCAGUUGCAGUUGGCGUUGGCUUUGAGGCUUUCUUAUGAAGCUACCUGUUCUAAUGAUCCGAAUUUUCUGGAUCCGGUUCCGGAUGAUUCUGCUAUUCGGUCGUCUAGUUCUAGCUCUGCGGAAACAGUUUCGUAUCGGUUCUGGGUUAAUGGCUGCUUAUCAUACUUCGACAAAGUUCCUGAUGGGUUCUAUUCAAUGAAUGGACUGUAUUCAUAUGUCUGGAUUGUGUGCACUGAUCUGCAUGAACAAGGUCGAAUUCCAUCAAUUGAAUCUCUAAGAUCUAUUGAUCCAAAUGUCGAUUUGCCACUAGAAGUGAUAUUGGUUGACCGAAGAAGUGAUCCUGGCUUAAAGGAACUUCAAAAUAGAGUCCACCACAUUUCUUGUAGCUGCAUAACUACAAAAGAAGUAGUCGAUCAGUUAGCCAAGCUUGUAUGCAUUCGCAUGGGGGGUUCAUCCACUACUGGAGAAGACGACUUUGUUUCCUUUUGGAGGCAGUGCAGUGAUGAUUUAAAAGAUUGCUUAGGUUCAGUUGUGCUUCCUAUAGGAAGCCUAUCUGUUGGCGUUUGUAGACAUCGAGCUUUACUGUUCAAAGUGCUAGCUGACACUAUUGAUCUACCAUGUCGAAUUGUGAAGGGCUGCAAAUAUUGUAAAAGAGAUGAUGCUUCCUCCUGCCUUGUUCGCUUUGGACUUGACAGGGAGUAUCUUGUUGAUUUAAUUGGGAACCCAGGCUACCUAUGUGAGCCUGAUUCCUUGCUCAAUGGUCCAUCUUCCAUAUCAAUUCCGUCCCCAUUGCGUUUUCCAUGUCUCAAACCAGCACCUGCCACUGAUUUCAGGUCAUUGGCCAAACAGUACUUUUCGGACUGUGAAUCACUUAAUCUUGUAUUUGAUGUUGUACCAGCAGGUGCUACUACAGAUGGAGAAAAUUUUGGAUUCUCUCUUUAUGCCAAUAAACAUGAUAAGAUUGACACAGAGGGAAAUAAGCUUGUGCAGAUUUCAAGUAAUAUAGAUGGUAUCUCACUGUUGCCCCGACCUCCUAACAUUGCUCGGCCAACUUCUCAUGAUAGAGAUUCCCAGUAUUCUCAGCCUAUAGUACACUCAAAGAACAUUAUUAAUGAUCCUUCAAGGUUUACUGAGGGCAGUGAGCAUGUACCCAGCAAACCAAGUGGCGAACUUGCCCUUGAAGCUGAUGAUUUGGAUAUUCCGUGGAGUGAUAUUGUUUUAAGAGAGAGAAUUGGUGCUGGUUCUUUUGGAACUGUCCAUCGUGCUGAAUGGAAUGGCUCGGAUGUUGCUGUGAAAAUUCUCAUGGAGCAAGACUUGUAUGCUGAACGCUUCAAAGAAUUUUUGAGGGAGGUGGCAAUAAUGAAACGUCUACGUCAUCCAAACAUUGUUCUUUUUAUGGGAGCAGUUACUCAGCCGCCAAACUUGUCCAUAGUGACAGAAUACUUAUCAAGAGGUAGCUUGUUUAGGCUUUUGCAUAAGCCUGGUGUGAGGGAGGCAUUGGAUGAGAGACGGCGGUUGAGUAUGGCUUGUGAUGUGGCAAAGGGAAUGAAUUAUCUUCAUAGACACAAUCCUCCUAUUGUUCAUAGAGAUUUGAAGUCUCCCAAUCUUUUAGUUGAUAAAAAAUAUACUGUGAAGGUUUGUGAUUUUGGGCUUUCUCGUUUGAAGGCAAACACAUUUCUUUCAUCCAAGUCGGCUGCUGGAACUCCUGAGUGGAUGGCUCCUGAAGUUCUUCGUGACGAGCCAUCAAACGAGAAGUCUGAUGUAUACAGUUUUGGUGUAAUUUUGUGGGAACUUGCAACGCUUCAACAACCAUGGGGCAACUUAAAUCCAGCACAGGUUGUAGCAGCUGUAGGUUUCAAGGGAAAAAGGCUUGAUAUUCCGCGCGAUUUGAAUCCUCAAGUGGCUGCCAUAAUUGAAGAAUGUUGGGCCAACGAGCCUUGGAAGCGACCUUCAUUUUCCAACAUCAUGGAACGAUUGAAAUCACUAAUAAAGCCUUCCAACCCACAACCAGGGUGUCCCGAUAUGCCAUUGCUUGCCUGAAUGGUCGUGCAACUCAAUCAAAGCCUCCUUCAUGCACAUAAUACAAUAUUCUUUUUGACAUUAUAUGCAUUGCAAAAGUUCAUGCUAAAUAACUAAAGGAUCGAGUGUCGUGCACAUCUGUUCGCGUAUAGCCGAUUAGGACCUCUGAUUUUUAACAUGGACUAAAAUCUUAAGUGUAAAGGGGUUUCUGUGGAUUAUGGAGUUUACCCUCGUCUUGCCAAAGAUUGAAUUUUCAAAUGCAAUGAGGGGAAAAAGUAGUAGUACAUUCUCUCUCAUAAUUUUGCAUGUAAAGGUUUAAUUGGAAUUAGAUCAAUGAGAAGAAACUUAUCUGAGAAUACGAGGCUUUUUAACGA